AUGAGGAGCAGCAUUGCUGUCGUGGCGGCGGCGUUCCUGGCCAUUGCGGCGGUGUCGCACGCGCAGGCGCCGGCGCCGGCGGUGACCCCGAGCGGGCCGCAGAACGUGACGGCGAUCCUGGAGAAGGGCGGGCAGUACACGACCUUCAUCCGCCUCCUCAAGACGACGCAGCAGGACACGCAGCUCAACAGCCAGCUCAACAACUCCUUCAACGGCAACGGCUACACCAUGUUCGCCCCCACCGACAACGCCUUCAACAACCUCAAGUCCGGCACCCUCAACAGCCUCACCCAGCAGCAGCAGGUGGCGCUGGUCCAGGGCCACAUCCUGCCCCAGUUCUACACCAUGGAGUCCUUCCAGACCGCCAGCAACCCCAUCCGCACCCAGGCCUCCGGCGCCGACGGCCCCUUCACGCUCAACAUCACCACCACCGCCAGCAACAGCCAGAUGAACGUCUCCACCGGCGUCGUCGUCGUCUCCGUCAACAACGCGCUCAGCGUCGUCAAGCCGCUCGCCGUCUACACCGUCGACAAGGUGCUCCUGCCCCAGGAGCUCUUCGGUGCCAAGGCGCCCGCGGCCGCGCCCACCGCCGCCAAGGGUGAUAAGGCAAAGAAGGGUGACGCCGCCGCCGGGCCUGUCGGGUCGGAUGACGACGUCACGCCCGCGGGGAACGCCGCCGGCGCAACGACCGUCGGGUGGGGCGUGGCUGCCAUCUCCGCCCUUGUUGCCUACCUCUUGUGAGAGUGAGAUCCCCCGGUGCUAGUACCCACGGAUGCGACCACGAGGCCAUCAUGGCCAUCAAUGUGCAUAUAGAGUUUCUCUAUCGUCGGUUGCCGCCGCCAGCCUGCCGGCGGUGGUGUUUCUUUCCCUCUCUGUUCGAAGUCCUUCCCUUCCAUUCCUGUUCUUGCCUCCUUGCAUGGUGGUUUUGUAAGAUUUGGGUUAUCUUAUUGAAUUUAUUAUGUGUUUGAGGUCA